AUGAUGAUGAAAACACGCAAGUGGUCAAAGAUGUGGUUCUUUGGCCUAAUCGCUUCAUUCUUUAUAUGUAACUUGAUUUUCUGGCGCUAUCGUCCACGUGGCGGUUGUGAUCAGAGUGGCAAUUGUACUUUUUUCGGCAAGAAAUUUGGUAGCGCUCCACAAGCAAAACCAUCCACUCCACCUGCACCACCCCCACCAGCUGAAGCCAAGCUCAACCCUGUACUUGUACAAGAAAUUCAACCCAUCAAGCGCCCCAAUACCUUCAUCCCAGCGGGUAGACCAGCAGAGGCACAAGAUUUAGAACUGAUAGCACCAACCUCGGACGAUAUUACAAUCCGCCUUAAAAAGGAUGCAGCACUAGGCUAUGCAUCGCGCACUGAACCAUGGCAAUUUGGACUUAUCAACACCAAACCGGACGUGUUCGUUGCUUCUGAAGGCCAUUUUGGUUUCGUAAACCAACAUUAUGAGCGUGAAUUCCGCAUUUAUUCAUUGAUGAAAUGGAUCUUGCGCGUUUACAGACGCGAUCCACAACGUACACAACCUUUGCUUAUGGUGGAUGCUGGUUCCAAUCAUGGUCUUUUCUCCAUGGUGGCUGCAGCAAGUGGUGCACGUGUCAUUGCAUUUGAACCACAAAUCAACUUGCGUAGUGUCAUUGCUUUUGGUGGUCGUUUAAACCAAGUCUCUGAUCGAAUCCGUGUUCUUCCAUUUGGCGUAUUGGAUCAAUUCCGCAAGAUAGCCAUGGCCAAGUAUGAAGUUAAGGAUGGUGGUAUUGGUCAUUUGGAUCUUGCUGGCGGAGCAAAUUCCACCAUGCUUACCCAAACCAUCCGCUUGGAUAAUCUACCCCGAUACGACAUGCUUUUUGGUGGCGAUAAGAACCAUAGUGAGAAAUCACUCAUCAACCAACCUGAAGAGAUCGAUCCUUCCUACGCCGCUGCAUUACGUUCACUCAACACACUCGGCGUGCGUUCAAGCAUGGAUGAAGCAUUGACCUUGAAAAAUCCCAUCCAUUUUCUCAAGAUUGAUGUGGAAGGAUUUGAAUUGAAUGCAUUGGACUCGGCUACACGCUUAUUUGAAGCAGGGCUUGUGGAACAUGCCGUCCUGGAAUUCGGACCUCCUAGUCGUUGGGAUGUCACUGUACCCAAAGAAGAGCAAUUGAAUACCACUGAAAUACGCAGGCGUACCGUCGACCACGCCAAAAAGGUGCUUCACAGAGUGACCAAGGAAUGGGAUAUGGAUAUUUAUCUCUUGCCAGCUAUCGGAUGGCAAUCAACAGUGAAGUACAUGUUGCUACGCAACGUCACUUUUAGCAACAUGCCAACCGGUAAUCAAGUCGUUCACAAGCUCAAGGCAUGGGACUUUGAUCAUCAACCUUUUGAACAAGAUGAAUUUGAGCGAGAAUUGGAAUCCAUGAAGCAGUUGGUUACCGAAGUCAUUCCCUUGCCUGAUCAUUUAAUCGAUGACUACAUGGAGCGUAUGCAGUCCAUUGGUGAAAUGUAUUUGUGGUUCGCUAAGCGUACCGGCCAUUCAGCAGUGACAGCUAAGCUAGAAAUCUAA